AUGUCUAAUACUAAAUCUGUGAAUGUGCCUCUUGCUUCCCACUUUAUGUUAAGUAAGGAUCAGUCUCCUAAGACUGAAAUAACUGAAAUGAAGAAUGUUCUUUAUUCCAAUGUUAUAGGGUCUGUUAUGUAUCUCAUUAUUAGCACUAGGUCUGAUAUUACAUAUACAGUUAGUUGUUUGAGUAGAUUUAUGUCUAACCCUAAUAUGCCUCAUUGGAAUGCUUUGAAAUGGCUUUUGAGAUAUCUAAAAAAUACUAUUGAUAUUGACUUGACUUUCUCUAAGUGUUCUAUAGGUACUAAGUUGGUUGGUUAUGUGGAUUCCAAUUAUACUAAUAAUAGGGAUAAUAGAAAGUCUACUACUUCAUAUGUGUUUACUUUGUGUGGCUCUUGCAUAAGUUGGAAGUCUCAACUUCAACUCAGAGUUGCUUUAUCUACUACAGAAUCUGAGUAUGUAGCUGCCACUGAAGCUUUUAAGGAAGCAAUUUGGCUUAGGGUUGUUUUGUCUGAAAUUGGUUUUCUUGACAAAAAUAUGGUUGUGUUUUCUAAUAGUCAAUCUGCUAUUCAACUGUGUAAAAAUCAUGUUUUUCAUGAUAGAACUAAACACAUUGAUGUUAAAUUUCAUUACAUUCAGGAUAUUGUUGAAAAGUGCAUUGUUAAGUUAGAGAAAAUUCUUUCAGAAUUGAAUAUUGUUGAUAUGAGUACUAAGUGUUUACCUGUUAAAAAAUUUAUUUCAUGUCAACGGAUUUUAAACUUUGAUUUAGGGAAAGAUCUUUGA